AUGGCCCCAUCCCUCGCUGCAGCGAAGCAGCGGCCCGUGCAGCGUCGCCGUCGGCAGCCGCCGCUGGCGCGCCGCUGCCGUCGCCGCCGCCGCAUGGGGAAGGGCACGCACGCACGCACGCUCACCACCUCUUCUGCCGCGCAGGCCCUGGUCGAGACUGCCAUGCUGGCGGCCGUGUCCGGCCUGGCGUUCCUGCUGUCCACCCUGCUGAAGCUCGACUCCUCCCUGGGCUACUUUUUGCCGCUGCCCAUCGUGAUCGCCGCGUGCCGCGCGGGGCCGGGGGCGGGCUGGAACACGAUGAUGGCGACGUCCUUCCUGCUGCUCGUGCUGCUGGGCCCGCUGCGGGCGGUAACGUACGUGCUGAUGCACGGCAUGACAGCGGCUGCCCUGGGCACCCUGUGGGUCUGGCGCUGGCCGUGGGCCGCGUCGGUGCUGGCGGGCAGCGUGCUGCGGAUGGCGGGCCAGAUGGGGUACCUGCUGCUGAGCAGUUUCACGAUGAACGAGAACCUGUUCGCGGUCAUGGUGGCCAACGUGCACAACCUGAUGGACCGCCUGUCAGCCAGCAUCGGGGCGAGCGGCGCGCCGUCUGACAUGGCCAUCGUGUGCAUGAUCUUCGCGCUGCUGCUGGUCAACGCGGUCUGCUACAACUUCCUGAUGCACGUCAUCGGGCACAUCGCGCUGAGGGCCAUGGGCUACGACGUGGGGCGCCUGCCCGGCUUCAUGAAGCGUUAUCUCUAUGGCAGCGCCCCCACUCAGCAGUAG